AAGAAUGCCAGCAAAGCAGAGAUAAGAGAUUAAUGUUCCUUACGUCUUACGCGUAAAUAAUCAACCAUAAUAGUAACCGAUUACUCUCUCUCCACAUCCCUGUUAUAGUGAGGACUGAGGAGAACAAACGGAGCAGUUGUCAUAUUAGGGUUUUUAUUUACGAAUCCCCCCUCACACGGACUGUCUUUCAGAACACCCCACCCAAAAGUCAAUUGUAUCUGAUUCCCCUUCCACAUUGCGUGAAAACCGCCUUGUCGCUGAAACACAGGGUUUGAGAUCGAUUCUCUUGUGGGUCAUGCGUAGAUUUUGAUAUAAAUUACAAAUCGGAGUAUUUGACUUGCAGAGCUGUUUUGGGAUACUCGAGAAAGUGGUAUUGGAAAUGGAGCAUCGGACAGUUCUUGGUGAUGGAUCUUCAGCGAAUUUAGUCAGGGAAGAAGAUGAGGAAGAUUUCAGGAGUUGUUGCGAGGAUGAUGAAGUGUGGAAGGAGACUGAAGAAUCAGCGAAGGAAGAGUCAAAAGACGAUCUUGAUGAAUUUUCAGUGAAGAUGUUCUUCAAGGGUAUUUCAAUAGCUGAUGUUGGGGACUCUGGUUCUGGCCUUUCUGGAAUUGGGGUGGUUAUGGAAAGAUCAACCAAUAACCCUCUCAUUCAGGUGCAGAAAAAACUCGACUUUCAUGUUGAAGCAUCUGUCGCUGAUUACCUAGCUUUGAUGGAUGGUCUGGCGGCGGCUACACAAAAUAGCAUCCGUCGGGUAUAUGCUUUCACCGAUUCUGAGCUGUUGUAUGACCAGGUAACCCAUGAUGCAAAGCUUGAAGUCCCACUUCUGAUAGCACUUAGGGAAAGGAUUCUAGAAUAUGCCGGUAAUCUUGAAGCUUUUGUUUUGAAGCUUAUCCCCAGUGCUGAUCUGGAACGGCCUUUGCAAUUAGCCCAAGUGGCAAUCGGGGUUGUCUCUUUUCCUUCCCAGGAUGAUAAAUCACUUGAAAACUGUUCCAUCUGUUGCGAGGACAAGUUAUCACUGAUGAUGAUUACCAUGAAAUGCUCUCACAGGUUUUGCUCGAAUUGUAUGAGAACCUAUGUUGAUGGAAAAGUGCAGUCCUCUCGAGUUCCAAUAAGAUGCCCUCAGUUGAGAUGCAAAUAUUUCAUCUCCACCGCUGAGUGCAAAUCUUUUCUUCCACUUGCUUCCUAUGAAUCUUUAGAGAGAGCACUUGAAGAAGCAAAUGUCCUCCACUCCGAUGGAAUCUACUGCCCUUUCCCAAAUUGUUCUGUCCUGUUUGAUCCCCAUGAAUGUUUGUCAACUGGUGCAAGCUCAUCAAGUCAAUCAGAUAAUAGCUGUGUUGAGUGCCCAGUCUGCCAGAGGUUUAUCUGUGUGGAAUGUGCCGUUCCUUGGCAUUCUUCAAUUAGUUGUGAAGAGUACCAGAACCUCCCAUUGGAGGAGAGGGAUGCGGCAGACAUUACCUUACAUCGCUUGGCACAAAAUAAAAGGUGGAGGCGUUGUCAGCAGUGCCGUAGAAUGAUUGAGCUUACUCAAGGUUGCUAUCACAUGACCUGCUGGUGUGGGCAUGAGUUCUGUUAUUCUUGUGGAGCAGAAUAUAGGGAUGGCCAACAGACCUGUCAGUGUGCCUUCUGGGAUGAGGACAAUUCUGAAGAUUUUACCCACUCCAUGCAAGAGUCGGAACAAUGGGCUUGGGAGACUUUCAAUUCGCUCCCAAUGAUUAUGGAUGCGUACUCAGACCAAGAAAGAUCACAGCUGGCUUUGAUCCAAAGGUUCCUUGCUGGAGGAUUCAGUCUGAGUGACCAUCCCCCUUACCAAUCCCCACCUCGCUGUACAGACUCCUACCUAGACGCAAUGAAGGAUCUGCAUCAGCUUCCUUGGCUUGAAAGGUUUGUUUCUGUGAUAAGUGACAAUUAUUACGAAGACUAUAUCCAAUGAAGCAAAUACAGGAUUCCACAGCAAAUAAGUUGCUUUGCUCCCCAAAAGUGCUUCAAGGGAGGGAAAGAGUCUCUCACUCUUUUCACACGCAUUUUCAUUUACAGCAACAUUCAGAAAUUGGCUUCUUUUCUUCUAUGUAAUUUUACUAGCUUUGACACGUUGGGAAAUUGUGAUCCCGAUGGUCGUUGGGUCGUUGCAUUAGAUUGAGGGGAAGAAUUCUUACUUGAUCAGUUUCUUUCUUCUCUAUAGAAAAGGAAAGAGAAUCGAGAUUCUUAUAUCAGUAUAUUCAAAGAACAUUUUACCAUGUCACUUAAAGCUAAGCCAACGAAAUAUAUGUUCCCAUUGUAAA